AUUUAUUUUCAAGAUGGCAGCCUCCUUGAGAAUAAUUUCCAAAGGCUGUGGAAUUGGUUUAAAGCAAAAUAGAACAUUGUAUUCAAAAAUUAAAACUUUAGAUUUGUCGUACUUGAACUUCAGAAGAAAUGCAUCAGUGGUUCGCAACAUACCACCCAAAAGUUUUGAAUACUGUUACAGUUUAGUCAGGCAAUAUGACCAUGAAAAUUAUCUUUGUACCUUACUAUUAAGAAGAGACCUUCGUGCUGCAGUUAUUGUCUUAAGGGCCUUUAAUAUUGAAGUUGCUAUGGUUGCAAGCAAUGUAUCAGACCCAAUUAGAGGUCUUGGCAGGUUCCAGUUCUGGAGAGAAGCUCUUGAUGGAAUUUACAGUCCAAAGGGAACUGUACCUCAAACACCAGUGGCCCAGUUGUUGAAUUGGGUAGCUAAUGAGUACCAGGUCUCUAAAUCAUGGCUCUCCAGGCUGAUCGAAGCUAGGGCUUCCAAUCCUACGAGUCAAUUUAAGACAUUGGUGGAAAUGGACAAUUAUUAUGAACAAGUUGUUUCCUCAAUGAAUUACUUAUUACUUGAAUUACACGGUAUAAAAGAUGUACAGGCAGAUCAUGCUGCCAGUCAUUUAGGACGAUGCUAUGGGAUGGUGAAUUUAAUAAAGGUUACCCCAUCCCAGCUGUCACAAGGAAAUGUAAUGUUUCCCCAUGAUUUAUUAGCAAAGCAUUCAGUAUCUCAGGAAGAUAUCAAACGAGGGAAAAAUCCAAAAGGAGUCAGUGAUGUUGUGUACGAAAUAGCAAGUGUUGCAAAACAGCAUCUAGACAAGGCCAGAUCAUUGAAAGGAAAUGUUCCAAAUCAAGCUAUGCCUGUGUUUCUUCCAUCCGUGUUUUGUGAUAAUUACCUGACUAAUUUACAGAAAGUGGACUUUAAUGUGUUUGAUCCAACACUGAAUAAGAAGAGAUUUCUAUACCACAAACUUUUACUGCAAAGAUUCAAGAAAACCUAUUAAUAUCAGUCUGUGAUUAGAGCAAAAAAAUGGAAACUGUGUUGCAGCAUAACGUUUUAGAUAAUGUAGCAAAUGUGAGAUGCAAAAAAUCUCUGAUUUACAGAGAUUGUUUUAUUGUUAUUUGAUUACAGAAAGAUUACAAA